GUCUAACUCUUCACUGACCUCGCUCCACACCCGGAGAGGCAGGGACACCGGGGCAACAAGGCAGCGAUGAGAUCCCACUUUUACCCCCUCUAAAACAAAUCUUUACAAGUAAAAAUAUCUCCUUCUUCAGUGCUACAGAUUCUUCAUGUUCGGAUAGAAAUAUAGCUGCUAUUUUACCAAACUUAGUGCCCUCUAUGGUAAAAGAAGAAGAAUCCAAAGGAUAUAAAGUUUAAAAAGGAUAUUCUUAACAUUAGAAGAUAACAAGGAAGAAAACUUCAAUUCGGAUUUAAAGAAAAUACUAAGGAGCUGGCUGUGUAAGAAAAUAAAGGCUCAGACAGUACUACUUGCUCAAAAUGGAUCCAGGUGGAAUAGCCGUGGAAGAAGGAGCUCAGAAGAAAAAGAAAAAGCCUCUAGUGCCACCGUCUCCCCGUCCCCCUCGCUCUCUGUUUUGCCUUGGACUCCAAAAUCCAUUCAGGAAAAGCUGCAUAAACAUUGUGGAAUGGAAACCAUUUGAGAUAAUUAUCCUCCUCACCAUAUUUGCCAACUGUGUGGCCCUUGCUGUCUACCUGCCCAUGCCGGAAGAUGAUACCAACUCAUCCAACGCUGUCCUGGAGAAAGUUGAAUAUGUCUUCCUAUUUAUCUUCACCAUUGAAGCGUUUCUCAAGAUUGUAGCAUAUGGAUUCAUUUUGCAUACAGAUGCAUAUCUGAGAAAUGCUUGGAACAUCUUGGACUUCACCAUUGUGUCUGUGGGACUUUUUGCAAUAGGCCUGGAACAAAUUAACAAACUUCAGGGUGUCACUGCCCCAGGAGGAAGCGGUUUCAAUGUCAAGGCACUGAGAGCUUUCCGCGUUCUGAGACCUCUUCGGCUGGUAUCAGGGGUUCCCAGUCUGCAAGUGGUACUGAACUCAAUCAUAAAGGCAAUGAUUCCCCUGCUCCACAUUGCUUUACUUGUCCUCUUUAUGAUUAUCAUAUAUGCUAUUGUUGGAUUAGAGCUGUUUUCUGGGAAGAUGCAUAAGACAUGUUACUACGCAGGAACAGAUGUCUAUGCCACAGUGGAUGAUGAGAAACCAGCCCCAUGUAGUACAUCCGGCCAGGGCCGUCAAUGCACCAUGAAUGGGACAGAAUGCAGGGGUUGGUGGCCAGGACCCAACAAUGGUAUCACCCACUUUGACAACUUUGGAUUUGCCAUGCUGACUGUGUAUCAAUGUAUAACCAUGGAGGGAUGGACAGAGGUGCUGUAUUGGGUUAAUGAUGCCAUUGGUAAUGAAUGGCCCUGGAUAUAUUUUGUCAGCCUGAUUCUCUUAGGCUCAUUCUUUGUGCUUAACCUGGUACUGGGAGUCCUGAGUGGAGAGUUCACAAAGGAACGUGAGAAAGCUAAAUCACGUGGCGCUUUCCAAAAACUAAGGGAACAGCAAGCCAUGGACGAAGAUCUCCGGGGAUACUUGGACUGGAUCACGCAUGCAGAAGUUAUGGAUCCAGACAUGGAGCCGGGAGAAGGAUUCUCACAGUUAGAAGAAGGUUGCUCAGAAACAGCCAGUCUAUAUGAAAUGGAAGGAAUCAACAAGUGUAUCAGCUUCUUCCGCCAGUGGCGUCAAUGGAACCGCCUUCUCCGCAGGAAGUGUCGUGAACUUGUAAAGUCAAGAUUUUUCUAUUGGUUUGUUAUCAUCAUUAUCUUUUUAAACACAGUUACUAUAGCAACCGAGCAUCAUAAUCAGCCUGAUUGGUUAACAGGGGCUCAAGACAUAGCGAACCAAGUCCUGCUGGCAAUGUUCACGCUAGAGAUGAUCGUGAAGAUGUAUGCACUAGGAUUCCAAGCAUAUUUUAUGUCACUUUUUAACCGGUUUGACUGCUUUGUGGUAUGUACUGGUCUUCUGGAGGUCCUGUUAGUUCUCAGCAACAUAAUAUCUCCACUUGGAAUAUCUGUCCUGCGGUGUAUAAGGCUCCUGCGGAUCUUCAAGAUUACACGCUACUGGACAUCUUUAAAUAACCUGGUGGCUUCUCUCUUGAAUUCUGUCCGCUCCAUUGCGUCUCUGCUAUUGCUGCUUUUCCUCUUCAUGAUCAUUUUUGCUCUCCUUGGGAUGCAAAUGUUUGGUGGCAGGUUUGAUUUUGAAGACCUAGAGAUUCGGAGGAGCACAUUUGAUAAUUUCCCACAAGCACUGAUCACUGUUUUCCAGGUCCUAACUGGAGAAGAUUGGAAUUCUGUCAUGUAUAAUGGUAUCAUGGCUUACGGGGGUCCAUCAUUCCCUGGGAUGUUCGUUUGUAUCUACUUUAUCAUCUUGUUUGUUUGCGGAAAUUAUAUACUACUAAAUGUUUUCCUUGCCAUCGCAGUUGAUAAUUUGGCAGAAGCUGAAAGCCUGACUUCUGCACAAAAAGCAAAAGCAGAGGAACGCAAACGCAAGAAGUUGGCAAGAGCAAACCCUGACAAAUCAGAGGAGGAAAAGUUGCUUUUGGCAAAGAAACUUGAACAGAAAGCUAAAGGAGAAGGAAUACCCACAACUGCUAAGCUAAAGAUAGAUGAAUUUGAGUCUAAUGUGAAUGAAAUUAAGGAUCCUUAUCCUUCUGCAGACUUCCCAGGUGAUGAUGAAGAGGAAGAGCCAGACAUACCCCUCAGUCCUCGCCCUCGACCCCUGGCAGAGCUCCAGCUCAAGGAGAAAGCAGUGCCUAUGCCUGAUGCCAGUUCCUUCUUCAUCUUCAGUCCUACAAACAAGAUCCGGGUUCUUUGCCACCGUAUUAUUAAUGCCACCACAUUUACCAAUUUCAUCCUACUCUUCAUCCUGUUGAGUAGUAUUUCCCUGGCUGCUGAGGAUCCUAUCCGACCAGAAUCCUUCCGCAACAAGAUUCUUUCCUAUUUUGACAUCGUUUUCACUGUCAUAUUUACCACAGAAAUCGUUUUGAAGAUGACUGCUUAUGGUGCCUUCCUUCACAAAGGCUCAUUCUGCAGAAACUAUUUUAACAUUCUUGACCUUUUGGUUGUUGGAGUUUCUCUCAUUUCUGCUGGUAUCCAGUCCAAUGCCAUUUCUGUGGUGAAGAUUUUGAGGGUUCUCAGGGUAUUACGUCCUCUCAGAGCCAUAAAUCGAGCAAAAGGUUUGAAGCACGUGGUUCAGUGUGUUUUUGUGGCCAUAAAAACCAUUGGAAAUAUUGUCCUGGUCACCACACUCCUUCAGUUUAUGUUCUCCUGUAUUGGAGUUCAGCUCUUUAAGGGAAAAUUCUACAGCUGCACUGAUACCACCAAGAUGACACAUAAUGAGUGCAAUGGUUAUUUUAUUGUAGCAAGGGACGGAGAUCCCACACAGCUUCAACUUCAAAAAAGAGAGUGGCUUCACAGUGAAUUCCAUUUUGAUAAUGUCCUCUCUGGCAUGAUGUCUCUUUUCACCAUUUCAACCUUUGAGGGAUGGCCACAGUUGCUUUACAGAGCUAUAGACUCACACUCGGUGGAUAUGGGGCCCAUCUACAAUUAUCGCAUUGAGAUUGCAGUCUUCUUUAUAGUGUACAUUAUCCUUAUUGCAUUCUUCAUGAUGAACAUCUUUGUUGGCUUUGUCAUCGUAACCUUCCAGGAGCAGGGUGAACAGGAGUAUAAAAACUGUGAGUUAGACAAGAACCAGAGGCAAUGUGUGCAGUAUGCUCUAAAGGCCCGUCCCUUACGACGGUACAUCCCAAAGAAUCCAUAUCAGUAUAAGGUCUGGUACCUUGUUACCUCCUCGUACUUCGAAUACCUAAUGUUUGCCCUUAUCAUGUUGAACACAAUCAGCCUUGGAAUGCAGCACUAUGGGCAAACACCUGAGUUUAGCCACAUCUCAGAUAUCCUAAAUGUGGCCUUUACUGGCAUCUUCACUGUAGAAAUGGUCCUUAAGUUGGCAGCUUUCAAAGCCAAGGGCUACUUUGGAGAUCCCUGGAAUGUCUUUGAUUUCCUGAUCGUAAUUGGCAGUAUAAUAGAUGUCAUCCUAAGUGAGAUUGAUACUGUCCUUGCUCCCAGCGGUGGGCUGUUCUGUCUCAGUGGUGGUUGCAAGCCCAGCGUUACUCCUGGUAUACCUGCCACCCCAGGCGCCGAAGACUCUUCUCGGAUCUCUAUCACAUUUUUUCGGCUGUUUCGGGUUAUGCGUCUGGUCAAGUUACUUAGCCGUGGAGAGGGAGUUAGGACCCUCCUCUGGACCUUCAUUAAAUCCUUUCAGGCUCUUCCAUAUGUUGCACUCCUCAUUGUAAUGUUAUUCUUUAUCUACGCAGUAAUUGGAAUGCAGGUGUUUGGGAAAAUUGCAAUGGUAGAUGGAACCCAAAUCAAUCGGAACAACAAUUUUCAGACGUUCCCUCAGGCUGUACUUUUAUUGUUCAGGUGUGCAACAGGAGAAGCUUGGCAGGAAAUACUUCUAGCAUGUUCAUACGGAAAGCUGUGUGACCCAGAGUCUGAAUAUCUGCCUGGUGAGGAGUACACAUGUGGGACCGGUUUUGCAUAUGUCUACUUCAUCAGCUUCUACAUGCUUUGCGCUUUCUUGAUCAUUAACCUCUUUGUAGCUGUGAUCAUGGAUAAUUUUGACUACCUGACCCGUGAUUGGUCCAUUCUGGGGCCACAUCAUUUAGAUGAAUUUAAGAGGAUCUGGGCUGAGUAUGACCCUGAGGCAAAGGGACGGAUCAAACAUUUAGACGUUGUCACUCUUCUACGACGAAUUCAACCACCACUGGGUUUUGGGAAAUUCUGCCCGCACAAAGUGGCUUGUAAAAGGUUGGUUAGUAUGAACAUGCCUCUAAACAGUGAUGGCACAGUCACGUUUAACGCUACUUUAUUUUCACUGGUGAGGACAGCUUUAAAGAUCAAGACUGAAGGAAACUUUGAACAGAGUAAUGAAGAGCUGAGAAUGAUUAUUAAGAAGAUUUGGAAAAGAACCAGCAUGAAGUUGCUGGAUCAGGUGAUUCCACCAAUAGGAGAUGAUGAGGUCACAGUUGGGAAGUUUUACGCCAUCUUCCUGAUUCAAGAGCAUUUCCGCAAGUUUAAAAAGCGUCAAGAAGAAUAUUAUGGAUAUAGACCCAAGAGAAGUAAUGCAGAGAUACAGGCAGGUCUGCGAACUGUGGAAGAGGAAGGAGAAGCUGAUCUUCACCGUGCUAUUUCUGGUGAUCUGACAGCUGAAGAGGAACUUGAGAGAGCGAUGGUUGAGGCGGCUAUAGAGGAGGGUAUAUAUAGGAGGACAGGUGGCCUGUUUGGUCAAGAGGACAGCUUUCACACAGAACCUGCAAGCCCUUUGCACACAACUGUCGCCAGUCAGCGCCCUCUUCGGUUCUCUGAAGCUGGGAGCGAGGAUCUUGAGUCCCCUGUGUUUUUGCCAGAGCCUGUCUUCUUUGCUCCCCCUAGGAGGAAUCGCAACACCAACAACAGUACAGUAUCAGGGGUACAAGUAAACAGGUUCACUACACCAGAUUCAGCCAGAGCACUGCAAAAUGAAGAACACUGGGAUGCUAAUAGUGAGACCAGUCAUGAGGAUAUUACCCACCACUCCAACAGGAUGGGCAACAGGAAAGAGAUCUUAUCCUUCAUGCAAUGACCCGGAAGAGAUGGUUGUUCAGGCAACAAGGCUGAGAUACAGCAUCUAUCAUCUUUGAUAUAAUUCACUGCUAUGAAUGUAUUAUUGACCAUGCCAGCAGUGGAAUUGUUAUAAAGUAUGUUAACAUCACCUUGUUAAACUCAGAAUAAAUUAUGUUUUACGUCUUUAUUGAUCCUC